AUGGACGAACAAUACGAAGUUGACCUGACACCGAUAUACCACUCAUACUGUGACUUGGAUUCAGACCUGCCAUACUUCCCUUCAAGACCGCCCACCCUCCACACCAUCAAAUGGGCCCCAUACGUAUCUCCCGAGGAUGCACGUCUCGCAUACAAAUUCUGGUCCCUUCCAGAAUCCGAUCUGCGUGUGGACAUCGAAAGAAAAGGCCACUCUUUCCUCGCCCAUGACCAAUCGAAACAUGCACUAGCAAGAAACGUGUACGAGCAUCUGAGCGCGCCGGAGCAAUCCUUCGGACCACUGUCCGGAAGCCAAGUCGAUAGCAUCAUGGAACGGAAAUGGACAUACGAGGAGGUCUUUGGGCUCGAUGAUCCCCGGAAGGAGGACGUGCAUGUGAAUGGCAAGAGUCUACGAGACGGCUCGCCCUGGACCGUGAAACGACUGCAACGGGAGCUCUCCAAACGCGGGCUGAAUACCAGUGGAAGACGACAAGACUUGGAAGACCGUCUGUACGAUGAGGAGCGCCACCGGCUUUUACCACGGAGCGACCUCUCGCACUGGGGAACCAACAGGAAGGGGCAUAGAGAACAGCAUGCAAUCCGGUUCACACCCAGGAAUGGCCUGAACGCCUUGGAUAUGUACACCAGCGCCAUCCAAUUAAGCCCUCACAACCCGGUGUACUGGCUGAGCAGAGCUUAUUGCCAUUAUAGACUGUCAUUCUUUGACCUUGCAUUAGGCGAUGCGUACCGAGCUCAACUUAUCUGCGAGGCGAUGCGGGAUAUGGAGAUUCACAGCUAUACCCGUGGACUGGAAGAGCAUGCCCGCCAUGCCAUCGAGCAACAUAUAUAUUCGAUCCCCAGUGAAGGUGAAAUGUCGCCGGAAGCUAAGCUAAUGCGCGGGAUUGGAAUUAUUGCGUUCACACCAACCCUCGAACUGACCAUUGUCAAUAUCAUCACCCUCAGCCUUCUUGCUCUUCAGUGCUGGGACGACUAUGACGCAAUGGAGAGGUACUCCGUUGCAAAGUUCGAUAUAGCACGACACCAGCAUGCGUUCCUGCAGCCUGAUCAGUGGACGGUGGAUCAGGAACCUCUUGCCGGCAUUCGUCGGAGUCGAGAGCAAGACGAUAUUCUCUUCCACGAGAAGAAAGCCGGGGCUUGCCCCGGUGGCAGGAAAUACCCCUACGAUGCAGACGACAAGGACAGGUACAACAAGAAGUUUGUAGACUUCAUCAACAAGAAUCUUCCCCAUGGGUUUCCCAAGAAGAAAUGCGAGGUUGGCAUACGGUCGAUUCCCGGGCGACCAGAUCGGCUGACGCUGGGGAUGUUCGCGACCCAGCCCAUCAAGAAGAACGAACCCAUCUUUGUCUCGGAUCCUUCAAUGAGAGGACACCUCAGCAUCAACAGAUUGAAAAGCGAUGAGCCAGUGGCCGACGCCGGGAAGCCACGAUGUGACAAUUGUGGACGGAGGAUCUCACAAAAGGUCGUGAAAAGAUACUGCGACCAGGGUUUGGACAUGUUCCUGAGAAAGCAUCCCGAAGGCUGCCUAUGCAUUAUGGAGGAGAUACCUAUAUACUUCUGUCCCCAGGAGGAGUCAAUAGAACCAACAUGUGCACAGGUCGCGCGAGAAUGUUAUCAUCACAAGGCCUGUGGAGAGAGCUGGCAAUGGCUGCACGACGCCAUGCGGCCUCAAGUCUUGGACACAGAUGACAAGCCUCACUUUCACCACUCGAACGAGGAUCACUGCACGUUUCUGAGCCUCGUCCUGCGCGAGAUCCUUGACACGACGCUGCUGCGGCGCGCUCAAACCGGCAAUCCUACCCUCAUGCCUCACGAGCUUGACGAGAUGGUCAUGUUAGAAAGUCACAGUGACUGGGACUCGCAAUAUUUCCCCUUCACCCUUGCAGCAAACAUCCAGGUGCCGUUCGACAUCUUGAUGAAUAUGGGGGUCGAUAUAUUCAGCGACCUCGCCUUCGACACCUGGACCAUCCAAACCGUCCUGAAGAAACUGUACACCAGCGUCGUGCCGGGGGAUACGCGUCUAAGGGAGCCCCUGGAGGCAGUCAAGGAGAAGGACUUUCCAUCUCCGGGUGAUCAGGACCGUAUGCGACCCUGA